GCGCCCCCCUUUUUUCCUGCCCCCCUCCUCCUCCUCUCCGUCGGCUCGUCUGAGGUGAGAAGGCCGCGGCCGGCGGGCCGGCGUUGUGAGGCGGGGGAAAGCCGGCGCCGGGUCGCUCGGGACUGGGCCAGGGGCCUCGCCGACGUCGCUGGGCUUCCGUCGCCGCCGGGUCUGAGAGGAAGGAGCCGCAGGGCCAGGCGAGCUCUCCCCGGUUGAAAGAUGCAGGGCAACAAAGGCUUCGCAAUGGAGAAGCAAAACCAUACUCCUCGCAAGCAACAGCAGCACCAGCAUCAUCAGCAACAGCAGCAGCAGCAACACCAGCAGCAGUCUUCUCCAGCUAAUGGGCAGCAGGCCAAUAACCAAAAGCGAUUCUGUACCUUAUUCCCCUCAGAUGAAGGCCUGACGAUUGACCUGAAGAAUUUCCGAAAACCUGGUGAAAAGACCUUCACCCAGAGGAGUCGGCUGUUUGUGGGGAACCUGCCACCUGAUAUCACAGAGGAGGAGAUGAGGAAGCUGUUUGAAAAAUAUGGGAAAGCUGGUGAAGUGUUCAUUCAUAAGGAUAAAGGCUUUGGCUUUAUCAGGCUGGAAACUCGUACUCUGGCCGAAAUUGCAAAGGUUGAGCUGGACAACAUGCCCCUGCGUGGGAAGCAGCUGCGAGUGCGCUUUGCUUGCCACAGUGCCUCACUGACUGUCAGGAACCUGCCACAGUUUGUGUCGAAUGAGCUCCUGGAGGAGGCCUUUUUGAUGUUUGGCCAAGUGGAGAGGGCUGUGGUUAUCGUUGAUGACCGAGGGAGGCCUUCUGGGAAAGGCAUCGUGGAAUUUUCAGGAAAGCCUGCUGCUAGGAAAGCCCUGGACAGAUGUAGUGAGGGAUCCUUCUUGCUGACUACGUUCCCUCGGCCUGUGACAGUGGAGCCCAUGGAUCAGUACGACGAUGAGGAGGGGCUGCCAGAGAAACUGGUCAUCAAAAACCAGCAAUAUCACAAGGAGCGUGAGCAGCCUCCCCGUUUUGCACAGCCUGGUUCCUUUGAGUAUGAGUAUGCAAUGCGUUGGAAGGCCCUGAUUGAGAUGGAGAAACAGCAACAAGAGCAGGUAGACCGCAACAUCAAAGAGGCACGGGAGAAGCUAGAGAUGGAGAUGGAGGCAGCUCGUCACGAGCAUCAGGUCAUGCUCAUGAGGCAAGACUUAAUGAGGCGCCAGGAGGAACUGAGGCGAAUGGAGGAACUGCACAACCAGGAGGUGCAGAAGCGUAAACAGCUGGAACUCAGGCAAGAAGAGGAACGCAGACGCCGUGAGGAAGAGAUGAGGAGGCAGCAGGAGGAGAUGAUGAGGCGACAGCAAGAAGGAUUUAAGGGGGCCUACCCCGAUGCGAGGGAACCUCCAGAUAUGCGAAUGGGACAAAUGGGCAUGGGAGGUGCGAUAGGCAUGAACAACCGAGGGACAAUGGGGGGCACCAGUGUUCCAGCAGGACCCCCACCGGCAACUGGUCCUGGGCCGAUGAUUCCUGAUGGAGCUAUGGGAAUGACUCCGCCACCACCCACCGAUCGCUUCGGCCAGGGCACUGCAAUGGAAGGACUUGGAACUAUGGGAGGAAGCACACCAGGAUUCAACAGAGGAGGAGCUCCUGGGGGGGAUUUUGGCCCAAACAAGCGUCGCCGAUACUAAAA